AUGUCUAUUUCUGCAUCAAAAGCUAAAAGAGAACAAAAGCGUUUAGAAAGAGAAGCUAAGAAAGCCGCUGCUGGUAAAACUACCAAGAAAACUAAGAAGCAAGCCGAAAAGGAUGCUGCUGAAGAUGAAGUUGAAGAUGCUGAGCAACAAAUUGCCAAAUUGAAAUUACAAACCGAUGAACAUGGUUUGUCAGACAGAGUCACUACUGGUGUUUUGGAAUCAUUGGUCACUUCCAGAGAUAUUAAAUUGUCUUCUGUUUCCCUUUUAUUCCACGGUAAAGUUUUGAUUCAAGAUUCUACUUUGGAAUUGAAUUAUGGUCGUAGAUAUGGUUUAUUGGGUGAAAAUGGUUGUGGUAAAUCCACCUUAUUGAAAUCCAUUGCUGCUAGAGAAUUCCCAAUCCCAGAACAUAUUGAUAUUUACUUGUUGAAUGAACCAGCUGAAGCAACUGAAUAUUCUGCUUUGGAAUAUGUUGUCAGAGAAGCCGAACAUGAAAUGAAGAGAUUGGAAGAUUUGGUUGAAGAAUUGAUUGUCAAAGAAGGUCCAGAAUGUCCAGCUUUGGAAGCUCUUUACGAAAAAAUCGAUGAAAUGGACCCUUCAACUUUUGAAAGUAGAGCUGCUGUUAUCUUGACUGGUUUGGGUUUCAACUCAGUUACCAUCAACAAAAAAACCAAAGACAUGUCUGGUGGUUGGAGAAUGCGUGUUGCCUUGGCCAAAGCUUUGUUUGUUAAACCAACCUUAUUGUUAUUGGAUGACCCAACUGCCCAUUUGGAUUUGGCAGCUUGUGUUUGGUUGGAAGAAUACUUAAAAAGAUUUGACAGAAUUUUGAUCUUGGUCUCCCACUCCCAAGAUUUCCUUAAUGGUGUUUGUACUAACAUGAUUGAUAUGAGAUUGAAAGUUUUAACUAUGUAUGGUGGUAACUACGACUCCUAUGUUAAAACCAGAGCUGAAUUGGAAACUAACCAAAUGAAACAAUACAACAAGCAACAAGAAGAAAUUGCUCAUAUCAAGAAAUUCAUUGCAUCUGCUGGUACUUAUGCUAACUUGGUCAAGCAAGCUAAAUCUAGACAAAAGAUUUUGGAUAAAAUGGAAGCCGAUGGUUUGAUUCAACCAGUUGUUCCUGAUAAGGUCUUCAGUUUCAGAUUCCCUGAAGUUGAAAAAUUGCCACCUCCAGUCUUGGCAUUCGACGAUAUGUCUUUCUCUUACUCAGGUAAAGAAGAAGACAACUUGUAUGAACAUUUGGAUAUUGGUAUCGAUAUGGAUUCUAGAGUUGCUCUUGUUGGUCCAAAUGGUAUCGGUAAAUCCACUUUGUUGAAAUUGUUCCAAGGUAAAUUACAACCACAAAAGGGUAGAGUUAUUCAACAUACUCAUAUUAAAUUGGGUGUUUACUCACAACAUUCUGCAGACCAAUUGGAUUUGACUAAAUCCCCAUUAGAAUUCGUUCGUGAUAAAUUUUCUAGUAUUUCACAAGAUUAUCAAUACUGGAGAGGUCAAUUGGGUCGUUAUGGUUUGAGUGGUGAAGCCCAAACUUCCCAAAUGGCUACUUUAUCUGAAGGUCAAAGAUCUCGUGUCGUUUUUGCAUUAUUAGCAUUGGAAGCUCCUAACUUGAUUUUAUUGGACGAACCUACUAACGGUUUGGAUUUGGCUACUAUUGAUUCUUUGGCAGAUGCCAUCAACGCCUUUAAUGGUGGUGUUGUUGUCGUCUCCCACGAUUUCAGAUUAUUGGAUAAAGUUGCUAAAGACAUUUUUGUUAUUGAAAACAAGAAUGCUACAAGAUGGGACGGUUCUAUUUUGGAUUACAAAAAAUCAUUGGCUUCAAAGGUUGUAUUAUAG